AGGAGCUUCCUCUUUGCCCUGAACCUGACACAGACGGGCAGAGGGAGCCAUGGUGUUGGCAGAGUGACACAGUGCCCCACAGAGCCCGGCUCUCUCCUGUCUCCUGGAUGCUGUCACUGCUGCUGCUGCUGCCCCUGCUCUGGGAGGGUUCCCUGUCCCAGACACUGCAGAUGCAGCGCUCGGUGACCGUACAGGAGGCGAUGUGUGUCCAAGUUCCCUGCACCUUUGAGUCCUCUGAACUCCAAGACUAUGCACCCAGACCUGUUUAUGGCUACUGGUUCAGAGAAGGGGUUCCUUUUAAAAACGGCCAUCUUGUGGCCACAAAUGACCCAUACCGUUGGGCGCAGGAGAAAGACUGGGGCAGAUUUUCUCUUCUUGGGGACCCAAGACUGCUCAAUUGCUCUCUGAGCAUCACGGACCCCAAGCUCUCAGACACUGGGGAAUACUUCUUCCGUUUGGAAAGAGGACAACUCAAGUUCAGUUUCAUAAUGUAUCCCCUUUAUGUGAAUGUGACAGACUUGACCCAAAAACCAGACAUCUACGUUCCAGAGAAGCUAGAGUCGGGGAAAGAAGUGACUCUGAAUUGUUCAGUCCCUUGGGUCUGUGAAAAUAAUAAGAUCAGAUUCUCCUGGAUGGGGGAUGCCCUCCCCUCCCAGAAAAUAGUGCCUCGUUCUUCCCCCUACUCAGAGGUCUCCUUCACUCCUGGGCACCAGCAUCAUGGCUCCAACCUCACCUGUCAGCUGACCUUUAUUGGACACCAAUUGAGGAUAGAGAGAACCGUCCAACUCAAUGUGUCCUAUCCUGUGCAGAAUGUGACCAUCUCCAUCGCCCAGGACAACAAUACAACAGCUUUUUUCCCCACAGGAAACAGCUCACUUGUUGUGGUGAAGGAGGGAGAGUCCCUUCACCUGCUCUGUGCUGCCAACAGCAAUCCCCCAGCUACCCUGAGCUGGAUUCUGAGGAACCAAACCCUGGUCUCUUCUCAGCCCUCAGAUAAUGGAGUCCUCUACCUGGAGCUGCCCCACAUGGGACCAGCAGAUGGGGGGGAAUAUACCUGCCUUGCUCAGCAUCCUCUGGGCUCCAAGGAGGUCUCCCUGAGCCUCUCUGUGCAAUAUGCCCCAAGGAUGCUCAGCCCUUCAUGCUUCUGGGCUGAGGAGAGGUUGAAUUGUACCUGUUCUGUCCAAGCAGAGCCAGCUCCUUCAGUGCGCUGGUGGAUAGGAGAGUGGAUUGAUCACAACAAUAACAGUGACAACUUCAGGGUGCUGUCUAUCAAGUCUGGGCCAUGGAUCAACAGCAGCUUGAUAAUGAAGAUGGACAGAGUCCCCAGUAUCACUAUUAGCUGUGAGGGGAUGAACACACAAGGAAAGCAAACUCUGCUCUUCCAGCUAGUGCCAGAUAGGACCAAUCUGUCUCAUGUUUUCCAAAGGGGUAUCAUCAUAGGUGUCCUCUGUGGAGCUGGUAUCUCAACGCUACUUAUCCUCUGCCUCCUUCUCCUAAUAAAGAUGCUCAGGAAGAAGUCAAUGACAGCAACACCUGCAGCAUCCAGGGGGGAAGCAGAGGAUCCCAAGAGGUCAUUCUGGGCAGGCCAGUCCCUCGAUCCCAUUUCACCAGCUGUAGACCCAAUCCCAAACCCAGCAGCUCCAGAUGAUGGACCAGAGGAGUUACAUUAUGUUAAUCUGAACUUCCAAUCAGUGAAAGCUAGAGAAGACCAUGGAUCUACUGACCCUCUCACUGAGUACUCAGAGAUUAAGUUCCAAUGAGCAACUAUUGAGGAUACAGCCUUGGUUCUACACUUGGACCCUAGGGAUAAAUUUUAUGGACACUAUAUCUCUAACCCUAUUUCUCCUAAGCCCCCAUGAGUGUACUUCCCAAUGAUAUUCAAAUGGCAUAACAAGAACAAUAAUUUCAAAGUAUUCCUCUCCAAAACUUGGGACCCAAUUUCUCAUCAAAUCACACAGUAUGUUGUAUGUACAUAUGUAUGUAUCUUUUGGGGCUGGUGGUGGAGAGUGAGUGCAAACUUUUGGUAAAUGAUAAUGAGAUACAAGUAGAGGGAACACAUGUAGCCAAAGCAAUUUAUAGUUCUGGAAUGCAGGGAAUCAAUGACAUUUGUCUUUUCUGAAAUAUCCUUGCAAAGUUCAAGGCUGAGCAUGGUAUCUGUGCUAGAUGGAUGACCCUGUUGCUAUCUAUGCUAGUCAAUCCACUGCUAGGCUGGAUCAAUCUAUUAUUGAAAUGUGUUAGCUCUUCACAGGGUAUAGAAUGUCAGCUGGGUGGGUCAGUCCAUUGGACUCACUUGGCUGAGCUUUUCUAUUAUUAUCAUUUUUUAUUGUUUUCUUUUUUUUUUUUGGUUACACAUGUACAUUUAAUUUUUUAAAAA